ACACUGACUGACCACAUUGCCAAAAGUUUAUACCGCAGCACCAAAGGGGCAAGCAAUUUAAUUUGUUUUGAUGAUUAAAUAGUCUAAAAAGAAGUUCAAUUCUCAGAAUUAAGUUUAUGCAUCGAUGAUGAAUGAUUCUACAGAUCAAUUAGUUCUGGAUUUGUUCAGCAAGCAUGCACCCAAAAAGGUACAAAAAGGCAACAACAAUAAUAUUAUUGGUUGUCUAAGAAGGAUGUCGAAUCUUGAGUUGGCUAUUUUACCUAAACUCGUGCAUGAUGAUGAUACAAAGCUUCCAGUUUCACAAAGAGAGAAGGGUGAAUCAGAACAACUCACUAUAUUCUAUGCUGGGAUUGUGCAUGUUUAUGACAAUAUUCCUGCUGAAAAGGCAGAGUCAAUUAUAAAUCUGGCACGUGAAAGCUGUUCUCAGUUAUCUGGUUCUACUGUUGCAAAGGAAAUUAAAUCAACUCACAAAUCCCAAGUUCCAUCAGUCUGCAAGUUUCAAGCAGACCUGCCAAUUGCAAGAAGGAAAUCCCUGGAGAGAUUCUUCGAGAAACGCCAUAACAGGAUUACAAGUAAACAACCUUAUGCCUCUCCUGCUAUUACUCAGAGUGAAGAUAAAUGUGAUGAUGAGAGUACUGGAAAUGAUAAUUUGUAAGG